GGAUCACGUGACCACUUAGUGUUCACUGUUCAAGUGUUGAACUGUUGAUAAGGCGAGCCGAGUAAGCCUAGUCUAUAGAGGUAUGAAGGUUUUCUGUGUCCUGUUGGCCGCCACGCUCUUAGCUGGUGUGUCCAGUGUUGCUGUUGAUAAUUGCAGUUGGGGUCCAUCUUACUGGUGCCUCUCACGUGAAAACGCUAACAAGUGCCAACAAGUUAAAUACUGCAAGGAUAAAGUCUGGACGGAUAAAAUUGGUUCAGCCAUUCUUGUUCAUGGAGCUCCAGUUGGUAAUCAAAAGAAGCUAAUAGAUUUGUACAAAACUACCGUCUCUUCUCCAAAAAAUGAAAUUGAAUGUGAAGCUUGUAAACUUGUUGUUGGAUAUGUGGAUCAACAGUUAGAGAAGAAUGCAACAGAACAAGAAGCAAAAGAUGCUGUUGAAAAAUUGUGUGAUCUUACUGGAUCACUGUCUUCUGAGUGCAAAAGUUUGAUUGAUAGUAAUUUUGAUCAAAUAUGGCAGCUGUUAGUGAAUAAUGCCGAUCCCGAUACAGUAUGUUCAAUGAUAAGUCUCUGCUCCAGUAAGAAGGUUCUUGCUGCAACACCUGCUGCUGUCUCAUCAUCGCCAAAAAAUGAAAUUGAAUGUGAAGCUUGUAAAAUUGUUGUUGGAUAUGUGGAUCAACAGUUAAAGAAGAGUGCCACAGAACAAGAAGCAAAAGAUGCCGUUGAAAAAUUGUGUGAUCUUGCUGGAUCACUGUCUUCUGAGUGCAAAACUUUGAUUGAUAGUUAUUUUGAUCAAAUAUGGCAGCUGUUAGUAAAUAAUGCGGAUCCUGAUACAGUGUGUUCUACGAUAAGUCUUUGCUCCAGUAAGAAGGUUCUGUCUCUUUCAGCUAGCGGAUUUGAAUGUGAAGCUUGUAAGAUUGUAGUUGGGUUUUUGGAUCAGUUGUUAGCGAAGAACACCACUGAAGAGGAUGCUAAAAGUGCUGUUGAAGAUUUUUGUAAACUUUUGGGAUCACUUGAAAGUGAAUGUAAAACUUUGAUUGACGAUAACUUUGACACGAUAUGGCGACUGGUAGUGAACCAAGCUAGUCCUGACGAUAUUUGUUCUGAAGUUGGUGCCUGCUCUUCAAAAUCACAAAAAACAGUACAAUUGACAGCUGCACUGGAAGCCACUCCCACCUUAUCCUCGUCAAUAAAAUGUGAUGUUUGCGAGGUCAUUGCUAAACAAGUGAUUGCCGUCCUCAAGAAACAGUCAACAAAAGAUGACGCUAAGGCUGCAAUGUAUAAGAUGUGCAAGGAUGUUCUGAAGCCAAUUACAACUGAGUGUGAUUCAUUUGUUAAUUCUCACUUUAACCAAAUUUGGGACGCAAUAACCAAAGGAACUUCAUCUCCAGCUGCUUUCUGUGACCAGUUCAUGUCGGGUUGUACUGAAGCUUCCGGCAGGUCAAGGAGAGGUAUCAUCAGUAAGUACAAGUGUGAGAUUUGUAAAGGAACAGUUAAGCUGCUCCUUAAGGAAUUUGCUGAUCCAACUACCAUCACUAAUAAGCUCACUGCAGCUGUUGAUCCUUAUUGUGACCACCUCCCAUCCGCUGAAGAAAAGCAACAGUGUAAGAGUUUGGUAAAUGCUACUAUUUCAGUCAUUGUUGCAGAUGCACUUAAAUCUUCAGCAUUGUCUCCUGAGAGUUUGUGUGAAGGUAUUAAUUACUGUCCACCAACUGAAGUGGCAGUCACUAAAACUAAACGAUCCGUUGAGUUUAAAGAGGAUAAAUGUGAAAUUUGUGAGAAGGUUGUUGAGGUAGUGGAGAACAGUGCCACCGAGGAAAUAGCAAAGGAAGCUCUGUCUACUUUAUGUAAGGCACUUGGACCGGCAGAUAUAAUAUGUACUUUUAUUGUUGAUAAAUAUUUUGAUGAAAUUUGGAAUUACGUUGAAAACAAACUGGGCAAUGCUUCUGUGAUAUGUCACAAACUGGAUCUUUGUUCAUCUGUCAGGCGACAGUUCAUGAUCCUGUCAGUGAAAGCUAGCCCAAGGCCACCUCUUAAACAAAGUGCUUGUGAUAUAUGUAAGUUACUCUUAGCUUAUUUAAAGACCACGGUUGAUAGUAACAGCACUGAGCAAGAAGUUAAACAAGAGUUAGAACAUCUCUGUAGCCUCCUUCCCAGCACAAUUUCAGGACAGUGUACAACAUUAGUGGAUAGUUACUUUGAUCAAAUUUGGAAGUUAAUUAAAGAAGAAGUGGACAGUGGACAGAUUUGUCAAAUGAUUGGUCUUUGUAACACUACUGCAGUGCUCCAGAAGAAACCUGUUAAAAAUGAUGCAGCAUGUGAUGUUUGUAAAAUUAUUGCUGGUUAUAUUAAGACUGAAAUGGAUAAGAAUGGAACUAAAGAAGAAGUUAGAGCUGAUUUAAUGAAGUUCUGUGAUCAAUUUGAAUACUAUCAUUAUGAGUGUGUCCAAACAGUCAACAAAGAUUAUGAUACAAUUUGGGAUUUAGUUAAAGACGAUGUGGAUAAUGGCUAUCUUUGUAAUCAGAUUGACUUGUGUCCUGGGCCCAAUAAGACAAAAAGGAGUGUCAAGAAACCUGAAGAUGCCACUUGUGAUGAGUGCAAGCUGAUAAUGCAGUAUAUUGAUACAUUCCUUAAAGCCAAUGGAUCACAGGCAGAAAUAAAAGAGUAUCUUGAUGAUUUCUGCAAUCUUCUUGGACAAGCCAAAGCUGAAUGUACUCAACUUGUUGAUCAAUACUUGCCAUUUAUUUGGAUCCUACUGGAAACAGAAUUGAAAAAUACAACUGAGAUAUGUCAGCUACUUGAUCUUUGCCCUAAAAUGAGGAAAUUAGUGAAAAGUCCUUCUGCUAGUAAAUGUGAGAUAUGUGAAGAUGUCAUGACUGGAUUGAAGGAUGUACUACCACUAACUUCUAAGUUAACUGUUGAUGGAUUGAAAGAUGCUUGUAAGCUCUUUCCUUCUGAUGUAGCAAGUGAAUGUUCUGAUAUAGUAGUUGAGUAUGGGCCUGAGAUUAUUAAACUUCUUGAUGAUGCCAUUAAUCCUCAAGCAAUUUGCAAGAGUAUCAUGAAACCUCAAGAUUUAGAUUGUGAUCACUGCAAAUUAUUCAUAAAAGACCUUGAUGCUUUUCUUAAAGCUAACAAAACAGAGGGUGAAGUGAAGGAACUAAUUGAUCAAUUUUGCACUUUUCUUGGAGUAUUUAAACCUGAUUGUAUUGGGAUAGUUGGUGAUUACUUCCCUAAAAUUUGGGAACUCUUGGAAUCUGAUUUUUCUAAUUCAACUGAAAUAUGUCAACUACUUGGUUGGUGUCCAAGAAUGAGGAUGUUACUGAAAAGUCCUUCUGCUAGUAAAUGUGAGAUAUGUGAAGAUGUCAUGACUGGAUUGAAGGAUGUACUACCACUAACUUCUAAGUUAACUGUUGAUGGAUUGAAAGAUGCUUGUAAGCUCUUUCCUUCUGAUGUAGCAAGUGAAUGCUCUGAUAUAGUAGUUGAGUAUGGGCCUGAGAUUAUUAAACUUCUUGAUGAUGCCAUUAAUCCUCAAGCAAUUUGCAAGGCCAUUACUUUAUGCUCCUAAUUGCUGUUACAUGUCUUGUAUAAACUUUAAUAACUUUUUGCUAAUUAUUAAUUAUUAUCUAACAGCAGCAGUGACUUUUGAGCUAGCUAGCUGAUUAUUAUAAACUUGUGUCUUGUCUUAUUGCUACUACCCAUACAUGUAUUAGUAACAAUUGUUAUGAAUCCUAUAAUUAUGAAAUAGAA